CUGGUCAGUGGGAAGCUGUUUUGGCUUUUAGCCUUGCAGGUCAUCAGGGAAGACGGACAAACAGGAAAACAGGGCCAACUGGGCUCAGAGCCUGGCCCUAGGAGGCAUGCGGGCCACUGCCUUGGGCUGGGCUGUGCAGGCCUUGGCUGAGCAAGGCCGGGAUCUGUGGCAAGAGCAGGAGAGGAUUGGAAAGAGGGCUCCUGGGACAGGACACAGAAAGGAUGGACUGGAGGGGGCAGGGGUCCUGGACGCCGAGGAGAACAAGGAGGGAGAGCCCAGCCCUGAGGCCCCAGGAGGGGAAGCCCCUCUCUCAGACCCUCCACACAGUGUGCGGGGACAUGAGCGGGUCAAGUGUGCCUUUGUAGGCAUAUGGCUCUUGUGUGUGUCUGUUUGUGUGUGAGAGAGACAGAGACACAGACAGAGACAGAGAGACAGAGAUCUGAAGCCACCCCCUCCUCCUAAGACAGGGCCCAAGAGGGACAGAAGGAACCUGGUGUGAGAAAGGAGUCAAGCUGUGCCAGGAGAAAGCUGGGUGCCCUUCAGUCGGCCCCACCCAUCUCUGGCCUCAGUUUCCCCACUUAUAAAAUGGAGCUGCUGAGCUACCUGAUCUCCCAGAGCCCUGCCGGACCUGAUGUUCUGGCGCUCGAGACACCUGCCCCGGCCCCACCAUGCUCGUGGCAUCCACCACUUCUGCUGUGCCCUGGACCCUCUCUCCACCUAUUCUGCCUGGCAACAGCAGCAAGGAGCUGCUGGACACCCGGAACCCGCUGCUCGUCCAGGCGGAGCUAGCCCUGCUCUCCACAGUCUUUGUGGCCGUGGCCCUGAGCAAUGGUUUGGUGCUGGGGGUCCUAGCGCGCCGGGGCCGGCGGGGUCGCUGGGCACCCAUGCACGUCUUCAUUGGUCACUUGUGCCUGGCCGACCUGGCCGUGGCUCUGUUCCAAGUACUGCCCCAGCUGGCGUGGGAUGCCACGGACCGCUUCCGUGGGCCUGAUGCCCUGUGCCGGGCAGUCAAGUACCUGCAGAUGGUGGGCAUGUAUGCCUCCUCCUACAUGAUCCUGGCCAUGACGCUGGACCGCCACCGCGCCAUCUGCCACCCCAUGCUGGUGUACCGCCACGGAGGUGGAGCUCACUGGAACCGGCCGGUGCUGGUGGCCUGGGCCUUCUCGCUCAUUUUCAGCCUGCCCCAGCUUUUCAUCUUUGCCCAGCGUGACGUGGGAAAUGGCAGUGGGGUCCUUGACUGCUGGGCCCACUUUGCUGAGCCCUGGGGCCUCCGAGCCUACGUCACCUGGAUCGCCCUAAUGGUGUUUGUGGCACCUGCCCUGGGCAUCGCUGCCUGCCAGGUGCUCAUCUUCCGAGAGAUUCAUGCCAGCCUGGUGCUGGGGCCGGCAGAGAGGGCUGGGGGUGGCCGUGGAGGGCACCGGACCGGCAGCCCCAGUGAGGGGGCCCGGGUGUCAGCAGCCAUGGCCAAGACCGUGAGGAUGACGCUGGUGAUUGUGAUUGUCUACGUGUUGUGCUGGGCGCCUUUCUUCCUCGUACAGCUGUGGGCAGCGUGGGACCCGAAGGCGCCCCUGGAAGUGAGCAGAUGGGGUCACUGCACCUCUGCAUGGGCAACCUCAGUCCCAGCCCGGACUCUUCCACCCCCACAGAGGCCCCCUUCGUGCUGCUUAUGUUGCUGGCCAGCCUCAACAGCUGUACCAACCCCUGGAUCUACGCCUUCUUCAGCAGCAGUGUGUCCUCCGAGCUGCGCAGCCUGCUCUGCUGCGCCCAGAGUCGGGCCCCACCCAGCCCGGGGCCCCAGGAGGAGUCCUGCGCCACUGCCAGCUCCUUCCUGGCCAAGGACACUUCCUCCUGAGAGGCUUCUAGAGGCUCUGUGAAAGCCCGCUGCCUGCCUCGGGCUGGGCCUGGGAGCUCCGGGGAGGGG